CGGGUCGGUAAGUUAUUUUACCGCGCACCAAUAAAGAGACUGGGGAGAAACCAGAAAGGAGAGCACGUUCUGUAAAAACAACAACUACUAGUCGGCCGAACUCCAAGCAUGACCAGCGUUCUGUUGGGAACACUCAAAGGGCUUUUUUCCAGACUGCAAGCUCCCAUUCCAACAGUAAGAGCUUCUUCCACAUCACAGCCCUUGGAACAAGUGGCAGGUUCUGUGUGGAACCUGGGUCGACUCAACCAUGUAGCCAUAGCAGUACCAGAUUUGGAGAAGGCUGCAGCAUUUUAUAAGAAUAUUCUGGGGGCCCAGGUAAGUGAAGCGGUCCCUCUUCCUGAACAUGGAGUAUCUGUUGUUUUUGUCAACCUGGGAAAUACCAAGAUGGAACUGCUUCAUCCAUUGGGACGUGACAGUCCAAUUGCAGGUUUUCUGCAGAAAAACAAGGCUGGAGGAAUGCAUCACAUCUGCAUCGAGGUGGAUAAUAUUAAUGCAGCUGUGAUGGAUUUGAAAAAAAAGAAGAUCCGCAGUCUAAGUGAAGAGGUCAAAAUAGGAGCACAUGGAAAACCAGUGAUUUUUCUCCAUCCUAAAGACUGUGGUGGAGUCCUUGUGGAACUGGAGCAAGCUUGAUUUAUAUUUGCAAGCAACUAAAUUAAUUGACCUGAAAAAGCCUAUCAAAUACUAUCAAAAUGUACUAUGACAUUGAGUCCUUCACUGCUUCCAUCAUGUAAAAGUUCACAGUUAAAAACUGAAUUACAGAAAGAUUAAAAUAUAUACAUAUAUAAAUACAUAAAUAUGUAUAUUAUUUAGAUUAACAAACAUUUGUUAAUUUGAAUUUGAAGGAAAUCUUGAUUACUAAUUACUUAGGGAACAUUAUUAAAAUCAUAUAGAAAUAAAUUAUUCCUCUUCUAC